CGUCUCUCCUCCCUGGGGUGUGGUUUAAGCUGCGGAGAGGAGGCGGGGAGGGGCUGCGGCUUAAGCAGAGUGACUUGAUCCCUCCCCAAAGUCAGGGGCCAGAGCUGUCCUAGGCUCCAGUUUGCGUGCAGUGGUAGCAACAUUAGCAGCAGAAGCAGCAGCUCCCUCACGCAGCCAUGCCACCGCCUCCGCUGCGCCUCCUGCUACUCUGCGCCACUGGGCUGCUGCUCCUGCUUCUGCCCCUCUCCUCUUCCUCCUCUUCUGAAGCCGGGGAGCCGGCCGCCUGCGGCCCCUGCGAGCCUGCCUCCUGCCCGCCCCUGCCCCCGCGGGGUUGUCCCCUAGGGGAGACCCGCGACGCCUGCGGCUGCUGCCCAGCGUGCGCCCGCGGGGAGGGAGAGCCCUGCGGGGGCAGCGGCGCCGGCAGGGGACACUGCGCGCCGGGCAUGGAGUGCGUGAAGAGCCGCAAGAGGCGGAAGGGCAAAGCCGGGGCAGCAGCCGGCGGACCGGUGGUAAGCGGUGUGUGCGUGUGCAAGAGCCGCUACCCGGUGUGCGGCAGCGACGGCAACACCUACCCCAGCGGCUGCCAGCUGCGCGCCGCCAGCCUCCGGGCGGAGAGCCUGGGCGAGAAGGCCAUCACCCAGGUCAGCAAAGGCACCUGCGACCAAGGUCCUUCCAUUGUGACACCCCCUAAGGACAUCUGGAAUGUCAGCGGAGCCCAAGUAUAUUUAAGUUGUGAAGUUAUAGGAAUUCCAACCCCAGUUCUCAUCUGGAAUAAGGUAAGAAGAGGUCAUUUUGGAAUUCAAAGAACAGAACUCCUGCCUGGAGACCGUGAUAAUCUAGCCAUCCAAACUCGAGGUGGCCCGGAAAAGCAUGAAGUAACAGGCUGGGUUCUGGUAUCUCCUCUGAGUAAAGAAGAUGCUGGGGAAUAUGAGUGUCAUGCAUCAAACUCCCAAGGACAGGCUACUGCUUCAGCAAAAAUUACAGUGGUUGAUGCCCUACAUGAAAUACCAACCAAAAAAGAUGAAGGUGCUGACCAGUGAAAUCCUUCAGAGUCUUUAUCAGUAUGCAUAGUUUAAAACCGUCAUGGAAAAACUACAACCACUGUUGUCCAAUAACAAGUUUCUUUUAAUCUAAUCCACUAACCCCUUACAUUGUAUUCACUGGUAUGUAAACAUACCCUCUGCAUGGUAUAAAAUAAAUGACACACAAAUUCUAACUACAAAACUUUAUUCUCUAUUUACAAAAAAAAAAGUGUCAUUAAACAAAACCUUGCACUUACA